AACGGGAUAGUCGAUAAUCCAACUGUAUGGAAUAAUGUUUACGCGGCGAGGCCCAAAUGAAUAUAAACCUUAUGACGUAUCUCUGGUAACCAUGGUAACUAAUUUUAUCAUAACACACAUCGUACUAGUGAACUAGCUAUUGACAGAUAAAUUAAUUUUUCUUACUAUUGUUUAGCUUCGUUCAUCAAUAAUUUGGUGCCACCAAUUUAAUAUUCCAGUAACUAUUGGAAAAUAACAAAAGUUGUCUAGCUUCCUAAUUAGAAUACCUAACAGCUUCCGUUUCCAUUCAAUAACAAUGUCAAAUUUUAUCAGUAUCCAAAGGUUUUAAACUUCUUUGGUUUAAUUUAAAUGAUAAAACAGUCACUUUAUAAAGUCCUCUCUAUGGAUAAGUGUUUGGGACCCGAAUUAAAAAUAAUAUACUCAGUUUAAGAUUAACCUAAACAUUAGAAAGUGUGUAGUGUCAUUAAAUCUUCUCGUGUAAUGUAGAGCUAAUCACGUCAUACGUGUCGCUGGCGUCAUGAACCGAUACGUGGUGCUCCAGCAGCUGGGCGACGGCACGUAUGGGUCCGUUGUACUGGCUCAGAGACGAGACACUGGUGAGAAGGUAGCCAUCAAGCGUAUGAAGCGGAAGUACUACUCGUGGGAUGAAGCCAUGAACUUACGGGAGGUCAAGUCGCUCAAAAAGCUCAACCAUGCUAAUAUUGUCAAGUUGCGAGAAGUUAUACGAGAAAAUGACACGUUAUAUUUUGUUUUUGAAUAUAUGAGGGGAAACUUGUACCAAUUGAUAAGAGACACAGAGCGACCCUUUCCUGAACCAGUUUUAAGAAACAUUGUGUAUCAAGUGUUACAAGGGCUAGCACAUAUGCACCGUCACGGAUUUUUCCACCGAGAUCUUAAACCAGAGAACUUGCUGUGCGCUGGACCGGAGCUCGUCAAGAUCGCGGACCUGGGGCUGGCACGCGAAGUACGUUCGCGUCCACCGUACACUGAUUAUGUGUCGACGCGAUGGUACCGCGCACCUGAGGUCUUGUUGCACGACACCCGCUACGGUGCUCCUAUAGACCUAUGGGCUCUAGGCUGCAUCAUGGCAGAGCUAUAUACCUGUCGCCCCUUGUUUCCGGGGAACUCCGAAAUCGACCAGUUGCAUAAGAUAUGUGCCGUAUUGGGUACACCUGACCGGGACGAUUGGCCGGAAGGCUAUGCACUUGCUGAAGCCUUGCGGUUCCGGUUUCCAUCAAGUGCUGGAGUGCCUCUUGCACGUGUAGUUCCCUCCGCGUCGCCUCCGGCAUUAGCUUUGCUUACUGCUUUUAUGCGGUAUCCACCACGUGAGCGCCCUACAGCCCCCCAAGCGCUACGGUUUCCGUAUUUUGCGGUAGGUGCUGCCUUAGUAUUACCUCCACCAGCUUCGCGUGCAAGAAGGAGCGCUGUUCGUUGUGAAACUGAAAAUGUACCGGAAAAGCCAAGAUCGCCAGUCUCCACGCUUCAAUUACAUCCAGCGAUCCAGCCACCGCCGUUACGAGACAGAUUUGCCGAUAUUCUUGGGGGCGAAGUGGUUCAUGACGCAGGCGGCGAGCAGCCGCUGCGGCGCGUGUCCGGCGCCCGCGAGCUGCGCGGCGGCGGCGCGGAGUCGCUGGCGCGCGGACGCAGCGUGCUGGGCGCGCUGCAGGCGCCCGCGCUGGCGGCCGGCGCCGCACCGCUCGCGCCGCCGCCGCGCCCCGCUGUCGCUCCGCCCGGAGGCGCUGCGGCCGCCUACCUCAGCACGGCGCGCUAUGUCACUGGAUCCCGGAUAGACACUUCACUAUUUCGUCCCUUGCCUUUGAGGGCACACCGAGAGACAACCACUGUGGGCAGCGGUGCAACACGUGUCGAUUGGGCUGCCAAAUAUUUGCGAUGAACGCGUUUUUACUAAUAGAAUAGGGACAAAUUUUAUACAUUUUCUGGACGUUCCAGCAUUUUAUUGGUUGUUCUAAUCUCAUCGUGAAAAUAUUAUUUUGAUGUGUUUAACUUACUUGCAUAUAUUGUUUGAUUCAAAUUUAGAAUGGUAGUAAUAUCUAUGUUUUCAUGAAUAAUUAAUUCAAGAUUCAAUCAUCUUUAUAUUUAAUUCCACUGCACUGUACCUACAUGUGCAUGUGUGUGCCACUAAACUCCUGUUCAAGGGCUGGACCAAUUUUUACGGUUUUUGGUGGGGCCCUGAAUGGUUUAAAUUUACAUACAGCCUGGCAGGACGAAGUUUGCCGGAUAGCUAACCUAUGAAUUAGAAAAAUAAAAAGAAACACGACAUUUUCAGCAAAAAUGCACACACUGAGAUGCAAAUACCUAAUUGAUAGUCUCAUUUGAAAAUCGGUUUUCAUCAAAUCAUCAUCAAUCAUAAAACGAAGGAACAGGAAAUGAGCCGAGUACUCGGUUGAUACUUUGUACUCGGCGGGUUUUUUGAUACUUGUACUCGGCUGAAUAGCUCGGUUUGCAUGCCGAGUAAUAUUUUUUUCAGGUAUAGCAAUAUAAAUAUAUUUAAGUAUAUGUAGGUAAUUAAAACAAGACAAGUGUUCAUCAAAAGGCAUUAAGGAAAUCUUUGACAAUCUCACUUAGCAAAACCACUGCUCGACUUAUUUUAUCAAUAGUUUCUUUAAACUACUUAAAAAAUUACAAUAAGGUAUUGGGCUUAAGUUAGUUUUCUUUCUUCUAACCAAAUAUCUUACAUAUUCGUUUAUAUAAAUAAUAAAAUGCCAGUCGAAUUAAUUAACUCUGCGUUUUCAACGUAGCGCGCCUAACAAAAACUACUUUUAGGUUUUUGUGUUGUUUCUUUGUUAUGUAAAUAAUCUCUCGUAGUCAGUAGUGGCUUUGCGGUGAGAAUUGGGACGUUUAUAGGCUGGCAAUUUUAUUUAAAUUUGAACAUUUAGAAAGUCGUUUAUUUUGUUAUUUACAAUUAAUUUGAGUGUAUCAAAUACAUCUGGUGCUUAACCUCUUGUUUUCUAAAUAAAUAACAUCCAGACUCAAGUAGACACAAGUGGCCUAGCUCGAUACAACUACAGAAUAUCUCAGUGAUUUAAUGGUUCUUAUGGUCAUGCUGGUACCCACAGAGCGUCGGUCCCAGCAUCGUGUCGCGGGUUAAAUACCCGUGAGGACAAUCGUUUGUGUGAUCCUCAUACAUUUUUUUUAAUAUUCCACAACUUUCACACUACGCCAUCAAGUCUCAAACUAAGCAAAGUUUGUAUUAUGAGUACUAGACAACUAAAAAACAUACUCAUAUAUUUCUCAAUACAUACAAAGAAUAAAUGAUCGUGCUCAUCACACAAACACUUUGUACUAGGAAGGAAUCGAACCCACGACCUCCGGUAUGACAGUCAGGGCCACUAGACCAAAGCUCAAGUCACAUGCUCAAUGCAACUUGAAUAUUUGUGAAUCCCGCAGAUGACGAUUAAAUUCAGCAAUGCAAACUUAACAAAAAAAAAAGUAUUGCUACAUGAUAUAAAUAUUUCCUCCCUAUAGUUUGUAUCUGCAACAAAAGAGAUCUUAAGGGCUGUUCACUAAAAUGCCAAUAUAAAAAUUAGUGAAACCGUAGUUUAGGUAAUUGGUUUGGGUUAUUAGCGUUUGAACCAAAGACGUUAAUUAGUUGAUUUAAAAAUAAAUUUAGUGUGCUAAUUAUGUGGACUAGAUUAAUCAGCUGAGACAUAACUAGGCAGACAAUAUACAAUUAAAAUAUUUUUUAAACAAGUCCCAUAUUAAGGAAUUUAAUCCUCAUAAGUUUAAUAAAAAGCUCUAAUUUUUUUUUAAGAGCACAAUCAUAUCCACUAUCUCAUUUUCUUUUAAAAUAACACAUUAUUCCAUCACAUGACAAUUUGAUCUUCUAUAGUACCAGAUUUGUGUACCAGUUCAUGAGAACUAUACAAUGCACCCUAUGCUAUUACAACCCGCAUCAAUUAAAAUAGUCAAGUGAUUGUUUUUUUCAAGGUAUUAAUUAUUGCUAUCACUGAAAUAAUAGGUUGUCUGUCAUAUUUUAUAAAUCCUACUCAGUUAGCCUAAUUUCCCAGCAAAUCUUAAUAGCCAUUGGUAUUACAAACCAAGGAAAGCAUGAUCAUCAUCUUAUUGCACUAGGUUAACUGGUUAUUGAGGGGUGUACAAAUAUAAUAAAGUAAAAGUGUUGUGAGUGUG